AUGGGUAAAAUUAAGAAUACCAAGCCUUCUUCAAAAUCAUCAAUGAAGUCUAUUGGGGUUACUAUUAAUAAUUCAACAGACACUCGUCCCGUUGCAGCAGAGAUGAGUGAUGAUAAAGAUGUAGGGGAAAUAGCAAAUGAUGCUGACAGUGUCAUCAAAGGUGAUGAUGAUGAAGAGAGUAAAAUAACCCCAGUUAAGAACAAUUCCAUUUGUGACGUUGUUGGAAAAAAAGAUACUAAAACUCAAAAUUCUGUCGAUUUUAAUGGGGACCAAACAAAUAUGGUUAAUUUGACAAAAAAGUAUACAAAGGAUGAUUCUGGUGUUAUUACUGCCACUGACAUGAUUGUAACAAGCGAAAAUGUCUUACCAGGAGGAAUCUUUGAUGACAGCAACAUUAAAAGAUUUCAAAAUGAAGAUUUGGUUAAAGAACAGGAAAAAACACUGGAACUAAGUAAACAUUUAAAAAAGGAAGAAGAGUCAAACCAAAAUUUACAUCAACAAUUAAUUGAAAAGGAAAAGGAACUGAAUGACUUCAAAAGUAAAUUUUUAUUGUGUCAGGAAACUUACACUAGUCAAAUGAGUAAGUUAAGUGAAGAACUUGAAAAUACUAAAAAAGUAUUUGAAAAUAAAGAAGCGUUAUUUGGUGAAAGAAUUCAAGAAACAGUCCAUGAAUUAGAAUGUCAAUUAGCUAAAAGAUAUGAAACAAAAUUCAAGAACCAAAUUAUUGAAUAUAAAUCAAAAUUAGAAGAGGAAAAAAAGGGAUAUGUAACUUCUUGUCAAAGGGCAAUAACUGGGUAUAAUAAUAUUGAAUCGUUUGUGAAGAAUUUAAAAUUAUUUGAAUAUGAUAUUGGUCCUAUUAUAGUUAAAUGCUUUUCAGAAAAAGAAACUGAUUUAAGUCUUAGAUUCUCCCAGAAAUAUGAAGUUGGUGGAUUUUAUACAGCGGAUGUGGAUGAUCAAUUACAUAAAUUUGAAAAAGAGAUAGAUGAUUACAAAGAAAAGAUAGUUGAUCUUCAAAAAAAGUAUGAUCAACGUUUAAAUUCAGAAGAAAUUAAAAAUUCAGAGCUUGAAAAGUUAGAGGGACUUAAUAAAAAAUAUAAAGACAGCAUUGAAGAAAGAAAUGGUAAAUUAUCUGAAUUACAAACAGAUUUAUCUAGAAAUGAAAAAAAACUAGAAGAAUUGAGGGCACAAAAUUUCAAUCUACUUAAUGACAAACAAUCAUUAAUUGAUGACUUGAAAAAAUUAAAAGACACACAAGCAGAUAUCAUUAGUAAUACAUUUUUGGAGUUAAGAAAGCAACUCAAUGAAUCCACAGAGAAUGUCAAAACGUUGAAUGGAAAAUAUGUUGACAAGAUAAAUGAGUUGAACAUUGCUAAUGAUAUGUUAGGGAAAGAAAGAAAGGAAAAAAUGGAGAAGAUAGAGUAUAGCAACUUACAAGCCUCGCAGAUUGAAUUUUUGGAAGAAAAAAUAAAUAUUAUAGUGGGCGAUUUAAGGGAAGCUUUAACGUUUAACAUCGUCCGAUCUACACGUCCUGAUGUUACGAAGGAAUUGUAUAAUUUAUUAAUGGUAGAUAAGAUUGAUGAUUUGAAUUUGACACAAUUGCAAAACAUUAUUAAAAAUAUGAUUUUAUUAUUUGAGAUUCCAUUUGAUCAGUUUAUGGGUAAAGUACCAUUUUUGGUUAUUAGCUUAAAAUAUGAAAAGGCAUUGUUAGCCUUUUUCGCCAACAGAGUCUUUUAUCAUCUUUAUAAUCAACGGAUUGAUUUUAAAGAAUUAUCAAAAGAGGCAUAUCUUCAAUUUAUGAAGAGUAAAUCAAUGAAUAACAUUAAUCAUCCCUUACAGCCAAUUCUAGAAGAAUUGUAUCGAGUUGUAGUCACCAAGAUUUGA